UCAGUAGGCUAAUCUGUAGUAGCAGUAGGAAGCAGCGUGCAAAAUGGAAAGAGAAGAAAAGGCCGCAGAAAAAACGUCCUCGUCGCCUUCUUUAUUCCCUCUCUUUGCAGCAGCAGCUUCAUCAUCUAUAACUCAACAACAAACUAACACACCUAUAAAUGAUACAGUUCCUCCUCCUCCUCCUCCGGCAUGGCUUUACAACACCAGCUUUACUACUGAUCUCUCCAUCGUAAAUGACGCCGUUUCCUCUCUCCACUUACCGCACCACUCAGAUUCAGACCUUGAAGAACAAGAAGAAGCUAAAGACGACCGCGUUUCCAAUCAAGGAAAAGACCGGUCUUACCAGUUAUUACAAGAACCAGAAGAAGAAAAGAAAAGUGAAGCUAAAUAUUCUCGUUCUGAUUCGGAUUAUUCGGGUUCUGGUAGAGAGAGAAAGAAGACGAAGAAAAGACGACAUAGCAAGAAGAAGAAGAGAGAUAGAUCGAGAGAUGAGGAGGACGCUAGGGAUUUUGGUUCGAGGAAAUCAAAUGUUAGGGUUUGGGCGGGUUCUGAUACGAAAACUACUAAGGAUUAUUAUUUUGAUACUCAUGGUGAUCGCGAUAAUUUGGUCUAUGGCACUCUUUACAGAAUGGAUGUUCCGAGGUACAAACCUUAUAAUUCAACAAAACUUGAUUUUCGAGGGCUUUAUCGGCUGAAUAAGAGGGGUGCUGGAUUUGAUAGAGAUGGUGAUAUUGACGCCUUGGAUACCCAAUUAAAGUCUGGUGGUCGUUAUUGGUCUUCCAAGUAUGCUGCAGUGGAACGGCAUAAGAAUUUAAAGCGUCUUCGUGUUCUUGCACGAAAGCAGCCUAGGGUUGUAGUUUCAGAUGAAUUUAUUCCUUUGUCAGAUACAGAAAUGUCUCAUGAUGGUGUUGAUCAUCCUGGUUCUGUUUUGAAGGAUUGUUUAGUUGUUGAAGAAUCCUGGGAAGAUGAGGUGUUGCGCAAGACUCGGGAGUUUAAUAAGUUAACAAGGGAGCACCCUCAUGAUGAGAAAGUAUGGUUGGAUUUUGCAGAGUUCCAAGACAAGGUUGCGAGUAUGCAGCGUCAGAAAGGUGCCCGUUUGCAGACGCUUGAGAAGAAAAUUAGUGUACUGGAAAAGGCCACAGAGCUCAACCCUGACAAUGAGGAACUGUUGCUCUGUCUUAUGAAGGCUUAUCAGAGUAGAGACAGUUCAGAUAUGCUUAUCGGUAGAUGGGAGAAGGUACUCAUGCAUCAUUCAGGGAAUCACAAGUUGUGGAAAGAGUAUUUGCGUGUUGUUCAAGGGGAGUUCUCCAGAUUCAAGGUUUCAGAUAUGCGAAAAAUGUAUGCACAUGCAGUCCAAGCUGUAUCUUCUGCAUGCAGCAGGCAGUUUAGGCAGGUUUACCAAAAUGAGAAGCCUUCUUCUUUGGACCCUGCCAUAGUACAACAGGAGCUUGGUCUGGUUGAUAUAUUUCUUAGUCUUUGCAGGCUCGAGUGGCAGGCUGGGUAUCAGGAGUUGGCCACUACGUUAUUUCAGGCUGAAAUUGAAUUUACUGUGUUUUGUCCAUCGUUACUUUUAACUGAACAUAGCAAACUCAGGCUGUUUGAGCACUUCUGGAACAGUGAUUGUCCAAGAGUUGGAGAAGAAGGGGCUGUCGGGUGGUCCACUUGGUUGGAGAGAGAGGAGGAAAAUAGGCAAAGGAUUUUGAAAGAGGAGGCUUCACAUGAUGAAGAUGGAGGUGGUUGGACUGGCUGGUCAGAACCGCUAUCCAAACAUGAGGAAACUACUAAGAAUCAAGAAAAUGUAGUCCAUAAUGAUGCGACUACUGAUGAAAUUCUGGAGGAAUCUGAGAAUGAGGAUAUCAAACAGGAAGAUGAUACUGAAGCAUUGCUAAAACAGCUUGGCAUUGAUGUGGAUGCUGAGCCUAGUAGUGAGGUUAAAGACAGCUCAACUUGGGCUAGGUGGUCUAAAGAAGAGUCCUUGAGAGAUUGUAAUCAAUGGAUGCCUGUUCAUGGCAGGAUCUCUCCCAGUAGUGGGACCCCUGAUGGAGAAGCUGAUGAACAUUUCCUAAGAGCUGUAUUAUUUGAAGAUGUCAUUGAAUACCUAUUCUCUUUAAACUCUCAAGAGGCCCGCUUAUCUCUAGUAUCUCAAUUUAUUGAAUUCUUUGGUGGAGACCUGUCGCAAUGGAUUUGCACAAACAGUUCAAGUUGGAAGGACAAGCUCCUGAGCAUUGAGGUGUUGCCAGAUGCUAUAUCAAAGAACUUGAGAAGCCUUCAUGAUAUUUUGGACAGAUCAGAAGGCAGUUCAAGCUCUAACAGUUUUGAGUUACUAUUGGGUAUCACCAGUAACAGCUCUAUGAGGACUGAUGCAAUGAAAUUUCUUCGAAAUGCUGUAUUACUUUGCUUAACAGCUUUUCCACGUAAUCACAUAUUAGAAGAAGCUGCUCUUGUUGCUGAAGAUUUUUCCGUUAUGAAAAUGGAUUCUACUACCCCAUGUCGUGCGCUGGCAAAGUCCCUGUUAAAGAAUGAUCGUCAGGAUGUUUUGCUAUGUGGAGUUUAUGCACGGAGAGAAGCUGUUUUUGGUAAUAUUGGUCAUGCAAGAAGAGUCUUUGACUUGGCAUUGACAUCUGUUGAAGGGCUUCCACCUGAUUUACGAUCUAAUGCCCCGCUUUUAUAUUUCUGGUAUGCUGAGACAGAACUUGCCAAUAGUUCUGGAAAUAAUCAAGAAUCACCUUCUCGUGCAUUGCAUAUUUUAUCCUGCUUAGGAAAUGGAGUAACGUACAAACCAUUUGAAUCUAAACCGUCAAGCCUGCAAUUAUUGAGAGCACACCAGGGGUUUAAAGAAAGGUUGAAAAUAGUACGAUCGGCAUGGGUGCGCGGUGUUGUAGAUGAUCAAUCUCUUGCUCUAACUUGCUCAGCAGCUUUAUUUGAAGAAUUGACGACUGGAUGGGCUGCAGGUAUUGCAGUUUUAGACGAGGCGUUCACAAUGGUGCUUCCAGAUAGAAGAUGCCACAGUUACCAACUCGAGUUUUUGUUCAACUAUCAUGUAAGGAUGCUUUUAAGAUAUCAUAAGCAAUCAAGUUUAUCAAAAGUCUGGGACUCCAUCUUGAAGGGGCUGCAAAUAUAUCCCUCCAGCCCUGAACUAUUUAAGACCUUAUUGGAGAUCAGCCAUCUUUAUACAACACCCAAUAAAGUGCGCUGGAUGCUUGAUGACUACUUCCACAAGAAACCAUCUGUAAUUCUUUGGCUUUUUGCGCUAUCAUUUGAGAUGAGUCGGGGAAGCUCCCAGCAUAGAAUCCAUGGGUUAUUUGAAAGAGCAUUAGAAAAUGACAGAUUGAGCAACUCAGUCAUACUCUGGCGUUUGUACAUUGCUUAUGAAAUUGACAUAGCGUGCAAUCCUUCAGCAGCCAAGCGCGCUUUCUUCCGAGCUAUUCACGCCUGUCCAUGGUCAAAAAAACUAUGGCUUGAUGGUUUUCUCAAGUUGAACUCCAUCCUAACUGUGAAAGAGUUGUCAGAUCUCCAAGACGUAAUGCGGGAUAAGGAGUUGAAUGUUAGAACUGAUAUUUACGAGAUUCUUCUGCAAGAUGAGUUUGUAUCAUGAUAACUGCUGUUAAAUUUAGCAGAAACCCAAUUUCAGCUAUGCUUUUUAGUUGCAUUUAAUGCACUCGUGUAUAUGUUUGUGUUGAUCAUUCAAGAGAUUUACCUACUA